CGCUUGUAAACUCGUGUGAAUGAGUGUGUAGACGGAGAUGUGACGGAGCUCUAGCGUUAAACGAGGCGAGCUAAUGUUGCAGGGAGCAUGAGCACAAUGCGGGAUUUUACACUGCAUCCAUCUGAACCCAGGCGAAAUUCACUAAAUCACAACACAACUCAACACCAGUGCAGGAGAAGUGCUGGGCUCUGAGCAAGGACUGGAGAUGCACAGUGAGUAAGAGGGCCAGCAGUAACCUAGGUUAGUCUGGGAAAACCUGUGCGCUUCUGCUCCCUUCCCCUUGCGCCAAGAGACCACACUCCCAUCGAGGAAAUGGGAGAUCAUCAUCAGGUCAAGACUUCCUUCCUUUUCAUCCAACUGCAGUCACCCUCUAGAGCCCAGCAGUGCCAACCUUCUGCUGCCUCUCUGAGCUUUGUCACUCCAGAGGAAGUAUCAUCAGCCACAACAGCUGCAGACAUAGCACGACCUUCUGUCGGAGACCUAGAGAGCAUCUACACCUUGGAGGAUGAAAGUAUAACCGCCUACAAGGAUGCCUUAGAUGACACCGGAUUACUGAGUGUGGAUAGUAAACCUAUACCAGAGGAAGCACCUUCACCACUAUUUGCUUCUGGGAUUACAGAAAAAAACUAUCCUUCAGAUUCAACAAGGAUAGACAUCAGGCCGGCUAACCAAGAAACCACUUCAUCAUCAAGCUUUGAAUGUUCAACAGGAAAUGUGUUUCUAAGUGAAACAGAUUCUCAGGAGUGCUUAAGCUGUGAAGUCAACAAAUCCCUAAGUUCAGUAUCUGAGAAGGACAACUCUGGUGAACACGUAGAAUCCUCCACUUGGCUCUUCUGUCAGGACCCUCCUGAAACCAUGAGUGAAGUGAUUCAGUCUCCAUCACUGGGGAGCUUUCCCAAACCUUCUUUAGGUCCCAGAGUGAGUUUCCUCUACCCAUCAACAGGAUCUGACUCCCAGAACAGGACAACACCACGUAGUCCAGAUCUGAGCCCAACGCCCAGGGGAGUCCCUCCAGCCUGCGCACCAACCUCUACUUUUCUGCCAAGCAGCUGGGUGCACAGUGCCAAGCACAAGGAGGAGGCUGCUGCUCCAGAAAGAGCACAGACAGUGCUGAGCAUGAACGCAGAGCGGACCACGUUUGUGUCAGCCGUCAUCAAGAGGUCCUCAAACCUCUAUGGGGAUGUCUGUAAACCAGCACGUAGUUCUUCUAAAGCGACUUCUGAUGUCGAAAAACCUUCUGAAAACCUUUCCCUGGCUGUAGUUGGUUCAGGAAAACCAAACCAAACUGCACUGACUACAGAAUCUCCGCACACUGAAACAGCACCAUCGGUCAUGCUUCAGUCUACAGCACCUGAAAAGGCCGAAACAUUUGUUUGGGUCAACGGCUCCUCCUCGCACGCUCAGAGUGUCGCCAAGGCCAAGUACGAGUUUCUUUUCGGAAAGACACACGACUCAAGUUCACCAGGCACUGCCUCUACAUGUGACUCGAACCCCCAGCUGGAGGACAUCAACACAAUCCCUGACCCCUCCAUCCAGGAGGAUGAACUGGACGAGACGUCACUCUUUCAGGAGAUCGACAGGGAGCUGGCUGAGCUGUUGAGUGGCCUCACGGCCCGAGCCCGGGAUGCUGCGGCAGCCGAGCAGGGCAGUCAAUCAGGAGACGCCACUUCAGACAUGAUCCCCUGCAACGGGACGCCUCCUUCUCCUCCGGGCACAGCCGAUCACGCCUCAGAGCUACAGAACGGCGCCUCAGACUCCGGGCAGACAGAAAAGCUGAGCGACGUGACGUUCGACUCAUGGUGUGAGGCGCUGAUUCAGGACCCGAGCUCAGCGCAGGAGCUGCACUGUGCGAGCCCCGCUCUCGGCCCAGACGCCAGGAAUGCACCCACAAGCCAACAUAAACCUGCACCGGUGCCCGUUAUGGAAAAGAAGGAGGGAGGCGAGAGUGCAGACUCGCCACCAAGGCUUCUGGAUGCCUCUCUGGAUGAGUCCAGCAAAAUCCUGGCGGAGAUCCCCGGCAUCUUCAGUGCCUUCCUGGACGGGGGCAAAGCGCGAGAGAAACCCCAGAAGAAGCUGCGCUUUGUGGAGGACCAGGCUGAUGGAGAGGUUUUUCUGAAUGGAGAGGCUGAAGAGAAGGAAGAGACGACUCAGGACAUGGAGAAACCUUCUCAGGACAACACACUCAAGGCCACCGUGCCGGUGGUGUGUGUUUCUGAAGCGACAGAAAACAGCUCAGCCAGUAGGAGUGUAGAGGGAAGAGCCAGCGAGAGCGAGGAGGCCACAGACGUGUUCAGCAGUCAGUUUGAAAGCAUCCUGGAGUCGGAUCGCCUGUGCGUUACGCUCUACAGCAGCCUGGACUCACUGGACGCUCUCUCUUCCUCGGCUGAUGAGACGGACACACAGGCUGAGCCAGGGCACACACGCAGGGUUGUGGAGAUGCCCCUCACGCCCAUGAUCCAGCAGCGGCUGAAGGAAAGCGGCCUGUUUAUGGAGGCUAGCAGCAGGCACGAGGAGGUGCUGAGCGUCAGUGCGACCGGGAAGAGCGGGAAAGCUGCCCUGGAGGUGACCUCCUCCUUCCUGAACACAUCCACAGAGCGAGUGGACUUGAUUGGUGGACACACGGAUGGAGCUUUGGCCAAUGGCAUGAUGGGGAAGGACACAAGCGAUUGGCUGCAGAGCUGGACGAGCAGCGAUGAGGGGUUGAAAGACGUGCUGUCAGACUGGGACUUGGACAUGGGCAGCACCGAGCGACAGAAGGACAGCACGGACACACUGAACAACGGGCACCGCAGCGACCAGGAGGCAGCACGACGCCUGGCGCGCCGCCUUUACCACCUGGAGGGCUUCCGUCGCUCUGACGUAGCCAAGCACCUGGGCAAGAACAAUGACUUCAGCAAGAUGGUUGCCGAAGAGUACCUCACUUUCUUUGAAUUCACAGGGAUGACAUUGGACCAGUCGCUCAGAUCCUUUCUCAAAGCUUUUGCACUAAUGGGUGAAACCCAGGAACGAGAGCGGGUUUUAAUCCACUUUUCUAAUAGGUACUAUCAAUGUAACCCCACCAUCCUCGCCUCACAAGAUGGAGUGCAUUGCCUUACAUGUGCUUUAAUGCUGCUGAACAGUGACCUACAUGGACAGGUCCCACUUGUGCCGCCAAAACAGCCGUGUCCCAUCGAUGCAUGCACUCCACAAGACCUCUGAAGGUGGGCUGUGGUAUCUGGCACCAAGACAUUAGCCGCAGAUCCUUUAAGAUGCACGAUGUGGCCUCCAUGGAUCGGACUUGUUUGUCCAGCACAGAUGCUUGAUCGGAUUGAGAUCUGGGGAAUUUGGAGGCCAAGUCAACACCUUGAACUUUUUGUCAUGUUCCUCAAAACAAUUCCUGAACAAUUUUUGUAGUGUGGCAGGGGGCAUUGUCCUGCUGAAAGAGGCCACUGCCAUUAGAGAAUACCGCUGCCACGAAGAGUGUACUUGGUAUGUGACAGUGUUUCGGUAGGUGGUAUGUGCCAUAGUAACAUGAAUGACACAACCCAAGGUUUCCCAGGAGAACAUUGCCCAGAGCAUCACACUGCCUCUGCCAGCUUGUCUUCUUCCCAUAAUGCAUGCUGGUGCCAUCACUUCCCCAAGUAAGCGAUGCACAUGCACUCCCACCGUCCACAUGUAAAAGAAAAUGUGAUUCAACAGACCAGGCCACCUUCUUCCAUUGCUCCAUGGUCCAAUUCUGAUGCUCACAUGCCCAUUGUAGGCACUUUCGGCAGUGAGCAGGGGUCAGCAUGGGCACUCUGACUGUGCCAUACACAGCAAGCUGCGAUGCACUGUGUGUUCUGACACCUUUCUAGCUCUUCUGUGGAAUAAGACCAGACAGGCUAGCCUUCGCUCCUCAUGCACAUCAAUGAGCUUUGGGCGCCUGUGACCCUGUUGGUUGUCCUUCCUUGGACCACUUUUGGUAGGUACUAACCACUGCAUACCAGGAACACCCCCACAAAACCCCACAAAACACUGCUGUCAGAGCUGCUGUUAUAGAAAAUGAAUCAGACUAGAUCUGAGUCGAGAAUUCAUCAGUGAUGGGUUAUAAAAAUGAAUAAUAAUUAAAAGACCAGAAAUAAAUGGCAUGCUUGUUUUUCCCCACACAGUGUUAUAGUUGUUAAUGAAGUCAUUUGACCUUUUUAGCAUCAUUUUUAUGAGUGCAGCAUCAGAGGCAUUUCUACACGCGGAGAGCACAGAGACUUACAAGUGGAUAAGAAUCAAAGCAUUUACACCAGCAAAGAGAUUUUAUAAAUCAGUGAUCAGUGCCCAGCUACUGUCAGAACACAGCACCCAAGCCAUAUUAAUUGAUGCUGUGGAAGAUGCGCGUCCAUUCACUGAGCUAACUUUAGUGCCUCCUUUUAUUCCUUUUGGGUUAAAACAGAAUCUGAGGUUCUGGAGGAAUCUCUCUUACUCGUAUGCAUCAGAAACAGGCCCCGUGUCACUCUGAUAUCGUGUGCCAGUCUGAACAUUUGUCAGUGCUGUCCACCUACAAACUCGGCUGGUGCUGGCAGAAACUGUAAAGUCACUGGAACAAACACCUUCUGCUCAUUAUUUUAGUAUUCACAGCGACCCGCUCUCUCUAGCCUUUGUCUCUGAUGUUAUCAGAAAACAUGUAAAAGCACUCAGAAUGGGAUCCUCCACUCCGACUCAUUGGGUUUUAUUAAUAGUAGUAACUAUUCGGGACAGCACAGAAUUUUAAUCUAUGCCUGUGUACUGGUUGGAGAGGACGAAGCUUAAACUGAGCUUUUACUGUCCUCUUCCUUGUCUAGGACUAACUGGAUUAACUACUCUCCUCAAUUUGAGAACUUAAUUAUCUUGAAUACUGUAAGAACCUCACACUGUGUAGUGUAUUUAUAGUGCAUUUGUGAUCAGUCGGGUCCAAAUUAUUUAGACAGUGACACAAUUUUUGUAGUUUUGCCUCUGUAUACCACCACAAUGGAUUUGAAAUAAAGCAAUCAAGAUGUGAUUGUAGACUUUCAGCUUUAAUUCAAGGGGUUUAACAAAAAUAUUGCAUUAAUCGUUUAGGAAUCACAGCCAUUUUUUUCCCAUAGUACCUCCAUUUCAUCGUCUCAAAAGUAAUUGGACAGUUGACUGAUAAGCAGUUUCAUGGCCAGAUAUGGCUCUUUUCCUCAUUAUUUCCUGACAAAUUAAGGAGAGAAAAGGUCUGGAGUUGAUUCCAAGUGUUGAAUUUACAUUUGGUAGCUGUUCAUGGGAACUCUAUGUAUGCAGUCCAGAGAGGUGUCGAUGCAAGUGAAGGAGGCCAUCAUUAGGCUGAAAAAACAAAACAGACCUAUCAGAGACAGUAAAAACUUUAGGAGUGGCCAAAUCAACAAUUUGGUACAUUCUUAAAAAGAAGGAAUGCACUGGCGAGCUCAGCAACACCAAAAGGUCUGGAAGACUAUGGAAGACAACUAAAGUGGAUCAUCGCAGAAUUCUUUCCUUGGUGAAGAAAAACCCCUUCACAACAUCUAGUCAAGUCAAGAACACCCUUGAGGAAGUAAGCAUAUCAAUGUCAAAGUCUGCAAUCAAGAAACACCUUCAUGAAUGUAAAUACAGAGAGUUUACCUCAAGAUUCAUGCCAAUAGUAGCACUCAAUAACAGAAAGGCCAGAACAUUAGACUUUGCUAGAAAACUACUAUAAAAAAAAAAAAAACCUGCCCAGUUCUGGAACAAGAUUCUUUGGACAGAUGAAACCAAGAUUAACUUGUACCAGAAUGAUGGGAAAAGAAGAGUAUGGAGAAUGAAAGGAAGGGCUCGUGAUCCAAAGCAUACCACAUCUGUCAAACAUGGUGGAGGAGGUGUUAUGGCAUGUAUGGCUGCCAAUGGAACUGGGUCACUGGUGUUUUUUGAUGAUGUGCCUGCUGAUAGAAGUAGCAGAAUGAAUUCUGAAGUGUAUAGCGCUAUACUUUCUGCUCAGAUUCAGUCAAAUGCUACAAAACUGAUAGGAUGGCGCUUCACAGUACAGAUGGAUAAUGACCCAAAUCAUCCUGCGAAAGCAACCGAAGAGCUUUUUAAGGUGAAGAAAUGGAAUGUUCUUAUAUGGCCAAGUCAGUCUCCUGACCUCAACCUGAUUGAGCAUGCUUUUCACUUACUGAAGACAAAAAGGCAGAAAGACCCACAAACAAGCAGCAACUGAAGGCGGCUGCAGUAAAGCCUGGCAAAGCAUCUCAAAGGAGGAAACUCAGCAUUUGAUGAUGUCUGUGGGUUCCAGACUUCAGGCAGUCAUUGACUGCAAAGGCUUUGCAUCCAAAUAUUAAAAAUAAUCCUAAUAUUUAUGACUGUUAGUUUGCCCAUUUAAUUUUGAGCCUGUGAAAAUGGAGGGAUUCUGGAGGGAUAUAUAUAAACUGUAAUUCCUAAAUGGUUAAUGCAGUAUUUUUGAAUUCAAGCUGAAAGUCUACACUUCAAUCACAUCUUGAUUGCUUCAUCAAAUCCACUGUGGUGGUGUACAGAGGCAAAAUUACAAAAAUUGUCACUGUCCAAAUACUUAUAACAAAAAAAAAAUCUAUAUUGGAAUGAUAUUGAUAUGGUGGAUGCAUUUUCUGUAUCAAAAUCUGUAAUGCAGUUACUUCAUUGUCAGAACAUGUAAUAUUAACAAUUUCUAUCCAGCUUUCUCUUAAAAAAAAGAAAAACAAAAAAGGCAAAAAAAAUCCACAAACAAAUUCACUGUCCUAUGUUUUUUAUAUGAAAAGUGCAAUGCCUCUACACAAAUUUCAGCUCAGCAAUGACAAACAUUUUGUAUUUCAAAGGAGGAUGUGUAGCAUUUUUUUUUUUUUUUGGUUCAAAAGAAAGAGACCUCUCCGUAAUAAAAAGGAUUGCCUGCAGACACAAAAUGUUCCCAGAUGAAAGCAACCGCCUUGCAGCCUUGCAGUUCAGGGACAUCUUUUAUGAUGAACAGAGCUGGUAGGCACACACGGUUUCAUUGGUGAUCAUAUAGCACUGUCACAUAAUCCAACAUUAUGGUAAUUGAUUAGUCCCUUGUUGUAACGGAUAGCCUGUGCAGUUAGCUGAGCUAAAAAGCUUUCCUCAUGUUCCAACAAGCCGGCAUGCAACAUGCUGUACAUGAUCCUGGCUAUGUUAUAUAAUUACUCACUUACUCAUUGGUAGGUCUGUCAUGAUUCUGAAACUUUGGCUGAUGAAGUUCGUAGAAACAGUGAUUUGUGAUUUAAUAAUCUUUUCCAUAGACUUUGUCAUUUUAUGAUGUGAACAUAAAGGAAUAAAUAAGGAAUAAAUCCCAGAAGUGUAUGUGUCCAGAAAUUUUUUAUUCCUCUUGUGCCACAGCUAUUUGUCCAGCGAUUGCAAUUUUUCUUUUAUUAAUGAACGACACAUCAUAGAAUUUAACUGUUUAGGGUUGCAUUUAAUGUUAUUUAUCAAAAUAUGUUAAAUGAAUGAACCUAAUCAGUCCAAACAAUUGAUAUGUGAUAAAGUAAUAAUUGUAACAGGUGUAGUCGUUGUUUUUCAUUCUGCUCUGGCAAGUUGUUCUGGUUAGCUUGCAUUGAAAUAUUGAUGCUAUGUUAAUAUACAACUGCUCUGAGCCCAAGAGCAAUUGUUUGACAUCCACUGCAGUGUUGGUAUUUGAAAGGUGAAAAUGAGACACAAUAUUGGCAGUCAAACCUUAAACACAGCAGUUCAUUAAUUAAGUUCCCUCAGCUAUCGAUAGCUAUGGAUAGCACGCGGGUUAAAUAAAGCCGAGCUGGGUGAUAUGUCGCACUACGUUAUCAGGGUAAUAUAUGUGUACUCCUAC